UCAUAGACACUAUGUUGUAUUCUUAACCCGCUGAGCCACAGUGGGAACUCUAUGUUUGCGUUUAAAUCCCCUAAUCUAUCGCUGCUUGAACAGACUAACACAAGGACAUAUUAAGUGGGUAGUGUUCCUUAUAGUCCUUAGGAAAAAACAAAAGCAAAACAACUCCUAAAAACUAAGGAUGCAGCCAGUAAGGACUGAGAUUUGGGAAAUGGAGGCUUGGCUGAGAAUGUUCCAAGGCCCCUCCUAAGCGAGGAAGCAGCUGGAGUUGGAAGAAACUGUGUCUAGUAGAGAGCCUGCUGCCCAGCGACCGGACAGCAACCCUGUUGACGUAACCCCAUGGAUCAAAGCAAUCCCCCAACUGCUCCAGGCAAGUUCCUGUGGCUCCUGGUGGAAUUCACUCAGCAGAUCCGGAUCUGGUAAAUAUAAAAGGUCUGGUCCUUGGGUGGAGGUUGCUGCAUCCUGAAAGAGGCCGCUACAAACUGCUCCUUCAGCCGGUGCUCAGCCAGGCGCUAUGGCCGCAGAAACAGCCCCUUCAAAAGACCCCAGAGACCCCAGAGCCAGCCCCAAAGUCAGGGGCCUUAAGACAGACCUGAAGACUCGCUCAGGUGGAAAGCCCGCAGGCCACCAGAAGGCCAUUCCCAAAGCUCACCUAACUUUCGUCAUCGACUGUGCUCACGGGAAACGGAUCUCCCUGACAGCACCCCCAGUGCCACCCCGAGCCCCUAGUCCCAACCCAGGACCUGUCAUCCCUCCAAUGAAGACCUACAUCUUGUUCUGUGGGGAAAGCCGGCCCCCCCAUCAGACUCCAGAGGCCCCCCUGGAUGAGGGAGGCCUUGCCUGGGCCAGGGGCCCCCUGCCACCCUGCACAGGGAGUGCAGCCCCAGCUUCCUCCCCUGCCAGCCCACUCUGCCUCCAGGAGGCUCCUGAAGUCAAGGGGAGCCCUGCCAAGAGGUCUUCAGCUUGGGGAACGGUCUUGGGCUCCCUCAAAGCCCUCUCCUCCUGCGUCUGUGCGCAGGCUGAUUAACCGGAAGAGCCUGGCCGAGGGAGGAAGGGGGUGACACCCAGGAGCCCGUCCCUCCUCCCCAGCCAAGAGGAAAUCUCUUGUGGCUGGGCCACGGAAGGAGCCUAAGAUCAUUAAAGGACAUCUGAAACAGCCACGCGUGUCCUCCCUUUCAGUAGCAGGAGGAUAAGCACCGCCACGUGGAAAGAGACUAAUUCACUCACACGGCAAAUUCUAACCAGAGCACCAUCCACAUGCCAGGCCCUGCAAAGCCUAGAGAAGAUGCCACAGCUUUCUUAGAGCUUGUAUUCUUGGGGAUGGGGGAGAAUGCUUAAACAACUGAAUAAAGAUGAUUUUGGACCGUG